GCAAACGGGAGGCGCAUAUUGACGAGGCCUUUGCCGUCAUGUCGCAAGACAGCAACGCAGGCCUUUGGAGUGUCCGACGGCCAAGGGAGACUCUCCAUGGCAUCAAUCUCACCUCGGGCAUUCCGGCACCACCCUCCACACUCAAGCGACAAAGCAUCAUCGGCACAAUAGGGACGGGCCAUGGCCGCUCUCUGUCGGGGAGGCAAUCUCUGGCCCUCCCGCGACCGAGCCAACCUCUGUUCCAGCGAUCCUCCGACAUUGGCCUGGGCUCGGUAAAGCGCGCGUCGGUUCAUAACAUGAACACGUCGCAGUUCAAGCCCUAUGGCACCCCAGGCAGUUCCGGUAUCCCUCGAUCAUCGCAAGAACUCGACCGGCGAAGCAGCGUCUACCGCCCGAGCGCACGACCGUCGGCCGUCGGCGGAGGUCCCUUAGCUGGUGGGCAUAUGAGCUUCUUCCAGCAAGCGCCCCAGCCCGCCGGCGUGCCUCGCGAUCCGCGCCCCCUCAAGGACCGUCAAUUCCAAAAUCGCAUUGGCCAGGAGUUGCUCGAGUACCUCGCCAAGAACAAUUUCGAGAUGGAGAUGAACCACAAGCUGUCCGACAACUUCACAAAGUCGCCGACACAGAAGGACUUCAACUACUUGUUUCAAUGGCUUUACCACAGGAUAGACCCGAGUUACCGGUUUCAGAAGAAUAUCGACCAGGAGGUACCACCAUUACUCAAACAACUGCGAUACCCAUACGAGAAGAGCAUCACCAAGAGCCAAAUCGCCGCGGUCGGAGGUCAGAAUUGGAGCACGUUCUUGGGAUUACUGCACUGGAUGAUGCAGUUGGCACAGAUGCUCGAAGGAUACGCCCGACACCAGUACGACGACGCCUGUAUGGAAGCUGGGGUCGACAUUGCGGGCGACCAGAUCAUCUUUGAUUUCCUCACCAGCGCAUACCAGGAUUGGCUCAAUAUGGAUGACGAAGCAGGGGAUGAAGACGUGGAGAGGGCACUACAGCCGCAUGUGCAGGGGAUGGCGGAGGCUUUUGAACGGUCAAACGCAAAGUACAUCCAAGAACUGGAGAUUCUCGAAGGGGAAAACGUCCGCCUGCUAAAGGAGAUUCAGGAGCUCGAAAAGUCGACACCCGACCCGGCCAUCUUGGACAACCACUUUAAGAUUAUGGAGGAGGACAAGAUCAAGUUUGAAGAGUACAACACCCUAGCCAUGCAGCGGACAGAAAAGUACGAAAACCGUAUCCAGGUUCUCCGGGAGGAGCUGGGCAAGUUGCACGUGGAGCUGAAGGAGGCCGAGGAGGAGCGGCGACAAAUGCAAAAGGCGGUGGACGACCAGGGGAUCAGCAUGCAGGAUAUUGACCGCAUGACCUCAGAGCGGGAACGUCUUCAAAGGAGCAUCGAGUCCGCUUCCCAGAGGCUCGAAGACGUCAAAAAAAAGGUCGCCGAGCGCGAGAUGGAGGCGAGCCAGCGUCUGGACGAGCUCGAGCGGCUGGUUGAAAAGUACAACACGGUCGCCUACCAGAUCGGACUGAUCCCAGCCACGGCAGUCAAUGCUAAGGGGAAGAAUCUUGAACUGCAGGUAACUGUAAACGAGGGAACGCCCAACUUUGCUUCAUCCAUGCAAGGUGUAUUGGGGCCAAACGGGCAGCCACUGGGCGGCGUGGAGAAUGAGAGGUUGCUGGCCGACUCCACGACGGGAUACCAGCCUGCGCAUAUCCUGAAUCUGGAUCUUCGAGGCCAAGUUAAGAACACCUUCCUGGCACUCAGGAAGGAGGUCUCGGAGAGGAGAAAGGUAGCUAUGGAUGUCAUGAUGGAAGACCAUGACUUGCUCGAUCGCGCUAAGGAGGCGAUCGAAGAUAAGCGUAAUGAGGUCGAAGCUCUCGGGCAUCGGGUGCGGGCGGCAGAGGAGGAGUAUGAGAAGACUAAAGAGGUCACCAACGCCCAGAAAAUGGCUUCAGAUGCACAGAUUGAGAAGAUGGAGAAAGAGCUCGCCAAGAUGCGAGCACAAUUGUCCGAGUCUGUGCAGCUUAUGGAGCAGAGGGAAAUGAAUACCAAUAUUGAGUAUGAGCAACUCACGCUCCGAGCCAACGCACUUCGCGAAGAGCUCCACACGGAGACCAUGCGCAUGCUCAACGAUGUCAUCAAGUUCAAGAUGCACGUCCAGCGAAGCCUGGAGGAGUACGAGACUUUUGUAGCAGACGAGCUCGAACAGGAGUUGGGGAUUGACGACCAGGAGAUGGAGGAUGAAGAUACCCCGAUGGCCGAUGUCUGAGUCGACGAAACGAAAACAAAAACCAAGCUGUUUCUUUUCAACUGUUCAUAUUCAAAAUGUUUAUGUUGGAUUGGAUUGGAUUGGAUUGGAUUGGAAGAUGAGAAACAUUUCUGGAAAAGUAUCGAUUGUAUGGGGCUAUUACUGUCGAGUUAUUAUCAGCAUUGCUUGCUGGACACGAGCUGGAUUCCGGAUACCUUUGGGUGAGCCAGGCGUUGGAAUUGAGGUGCUUGUUA